AUGAGUCGCGGGGCUUUUGAUGUCUUCCUCCCUUCUCCAACUCAGCCCAGAAACAAUUCUACCCGAUACAGAGUCACUUUUGUCGGUCGCAACAACAUUCUAUCUUCAGCAGAGUCGGCCAGUUGCUGCGUCUCGUUAAUUCCGUCCAAGACUAGCAAUCACUGCCAGCCAGAGCGAAGGAACUGCGGCUCGACUGACGAAGAUUGCCUCAAAUGA